CACUUAAUCCGUCGCACUUAUCUAGUCUGAGAUCUAGAAUCUCGAGGCUUAAUUCUGGACGUAGUUAUGGAGGACGAAACCAGCCAGCCGGUUUGGAAGAUGCCGACAUACGACGCGUCGAGGGCACCGAAGCUCGAGUACGACGGCUCUCUGCUCGUGAAUAAUAACUUUGCCAGAUGGGCUAAAUGGUGCCCAGAUGGCUCCGUCGCGCUCGCGCAGUGCGAGGACGCCAGUUUUCAAUACUUGUACCUCCCUUCAGAAUUCACAGACUUCCCCGUUAACGCCUUAGCUGUUAAGAGUCGCAGGCUACCACAACCUGCGCCUAUCCUUGAUUUUGCGUGGUACCCUUUUGCUACAAGUCGCGACCCUGCAGCAUUUUGCUUCGUCACGUCAGUGCGUGAAACGCCUGUCAAGCUUCUUGAUGCAACAGAUGGCAGGCUUCGCGCUUCGUACAGAAUUGUGGACCAUAGAGAGCGCCAAAUUGCUCCGCAUAGCCUUGCAUUCAACGUAACGGCAACAAAGCUAUACUGUGGCUUCGAGGACGCCAUCGAAGUGUUCGACGUUCAUGUGCCGGGAGAGGGCACGCGGCUCCAUAUCACGCCUUCCAAGAAAAGUCGAGACGGGCUCAAAGGCAUCGUGUCUGCAUUAGCAUUCUCCCCAGAUGCUUCGUCGGGCAUGUACGCGGCAGGCACCCUGAGCCCGUCCGCACCGUCCUCGAGCAAUAUUGCACUUUUCUCUGAGACAACGGGCGAAGUGCCUACAACGCUCCUCGGCGACAUGCGUGACGGGCAAUACGGAAUCCGGGCCAGCGUUAAUCAACUUAGAUUUAAUCCUACGAGGCCGUACCUGCUGUACGCGUCAUUCAGAAGACAUGAUACGAUAUACAACUGGGACCUUCGUGGGGACGUGACGAAGCCAAUUCAGACAUUUGUAGGGUCCUCAGUAGGUGUCAUCGGGGACAGCAGCGUAGCGAGAAGCCAAAUAGGGAGCGGCACUAAUCAGCGUCUCCGGUUUGACAUUGAUAUCACCGGAAACUGGCUGAGCACAGGUGAUCAUCAUGGGGAGAUUUCACUAUUUGACCUGGGCUCGGUCGACCAGCAUGUCCCUCCCGUGGUCGAGGAUGAGACGGUCCCAGGUCGGAUCGAACCCAAAUUACGUUUCCGGGCACACAAGGAUGCUGUCGGCUCCGUGAGCUUCCACCCUCUGAAAUCUCUGCUCCUGUCCGUUUCCGGCUCGAGGCACUACAUCGAAGGAGAUGAGUCGGACGAUGAAUCUAACAGCGGAAGUGAGGACGAGAAUGUGUCGACCGUGCAAAUCAACGUGCGGCGACCUCGGGAGCGGCCAUCGCCCACCGUCAGAGACGCGUCGUUCAAGCUGUGGAAUUUCGACAGUCGCAGGCCGCUUACUACACGAGGCAUCCUUCCGGGAGAUAUCCUCGACGUAAUAUUUACGAUCCUGCGUGAAGAUGAAAUUGCGUACUGGGACACGCAUCGUCGCUUCCCAAAAGACAGACGGUAUUUGAGCACAUGCGGCCUGGUGUCGAGCUAUUGGCGCGAAGUCUCGCUGCAGCACCUCUUCCGUGACCUCGUCUUCACGCGUGGGCUCGUCGUACGCGGGGCAUGUGAGGCCGCAAAACACCCACUCCACUGUGUCUGGUGCGGUUGCGCUUGUCACUGGGCCGAGACACAGCAGCGCCCAGAGAAACACUUCUCGUCCUUCUUGCGCUUCUUGCACGCGUCUCCGCGCGUGACCAAGCACACGCGGAGCCUCCGUGUGCGGACUUCACCGCUGGACAUCCGUGAGGGUAAAUUCAGCGUUGUAAACGGCGUAGUGCUUUUCCGCGUUCUCGGCGUACUACCUCGACUGGCCGUUCUACAUCUCGAAGACAUCGUUCUUUCCCCGCAACAGCAGCCCGCCGGGUUCUCUUUGCAGUGUCCUCCGCCGCUCGAGCAGCUCACGCUUAGCAUAGGCCCCGCCAAGUUCUGGCACAUACCGGCAUCAUGCAUAGUCGACACUCUCGCGCACUUCCGCCGUGUGAAUCGCCUGCGAAUCCUGAAUGUCGUUGGAGACGGCCCCUCCCCGUCCCCACAGCGUCUCGCGGCGACCGGCUCCGCGCUGCAGGCUGGAUACAUCACGCUCGACAACUGUCUCUUCACGAAUGACGCAGUCGUCACAUUUUUGGCUAUGGCUUGUACGGACCACGCGAGGGUGCGCGUCACGAUUCCCGAGAAACUGCAGGCGAAGCUUGGGCUACAGACGUUCGUCAGCAUUGUUGCUCCGAGGCUCGAGCACCUGGAGUGCGAGAUCAUGCAUGACUCCUUUCCCGCAAAGCAAUACCUUGCAAGGGCCCGCUCCCCUCCAGAGUGGCAUUCACACAGCCCUACCUCCGCUCUUGACCUGCGACUCUGCACUGCGCUGAAGACCCUCAAGGUAUCGCUGAGCCUCUCGCCAGACACGCUCACCCCCGACUUGCGCACAACUAUCCUCCCGCUGCUCGCAAGUCUCCGAGAACGCCGCGGCCCCGCCCCUCCACUGCGCCUCUUGCUCCAGUGCACGCUCGCCGAAGCGCAGGCGCUGCAUGACCUUGAGACGCAACCCAUGCGCAGUGUACUCGCGGAGCUCGAGGACGUUCUCCUGGGGCUGCACAACGCCGCCGAUCUAUACGCGGUCACGUUCGUGCUCGGGCAUGCUGGGGGCUGUGAAUACGCAUUCGAGACGGACAAGCCUGGUGCAGUUAUGAGGGCUCUCUUGCCGCGGCUCGACCAGCGCAGACGAUUGCAUGUCGCGACUACUACGGACAGGGGGACGUAGGUUGUGGGUGCAAUUAACGUUCUUCUGGUCGCCCCUUGGUGGUGAUUUGGAGUAGGUCAUGCUCGCAUGUUUGCAGUAUCGCCGUGGAUGCUAUGGGUCCUUGAUAUCUCAGAUCGCAAUCGUUGGGCUGCGCAUGUGUGGGGAGUGCGAGAAAAGUUACUGGACGUAGUACGAUGUUGAGAUGGGUCAGCGGCCGCGGUAGAUUGGAUCUCAUUAUUCCAAUGGAUGUUCUGGUGCUCUGUUGACAUACCGUAUUUAUAAUUAUAUAACGAAUCUCGGACGCCUGUAAAUAUAGCAAAGAAUGCACAAUUGUUUUUUACACCUACAACUAUUAGCGCUUCCUAAGCAGCCACCGGCAAGGCGCGGUAGGUUCCUGCAGAGUGGUGAAAAUACAAUUUUCACAAGCGUUCAGGACCAAAAUUGGGCGAAGUCCACAGCUUGCAAUGGGAGAACAUGGCCGCAAAACGUAACAUGACAUCAAGAUACAAGUAGUGCUAUCCGUUCAGCUCUGUUUUGCUGCUAGUCGAGUGUCGACUAUCUCUUUCCAUCGCCUGGCAGAGGCUCCUAUAUCCUUAUAUACAUCUCCGGGACCGUGUAUGCUCAUUACUUCCCAGAAAAUGCGGGAGGCAACGAUGAACUGCGAAAAGGAAACGUCUCAGUU